AUGGCUGAGGUGCAACAAGAGUACCCUCCACCAUACUCUCCAGACUACAACCCUAUUGAGAAGAGCUUCAAGCAGCUGAAGAGUUGGAUGAAGAGGAAUGUGGCUGAACAGGAUAUGUUUGACAACUUCUACUACUUAUUAGACUGGUUCUGGAUAUGUGGUUACCGGCCAAAGGGAUGGGCGGAUGUGCAGGGGAAUCCUGAGACAGUAGAGAAUGAGGAUAACUUUUGA